UGGCUUUUAGACCGAGAAAAUGAUGUCCAAAUCACAGUGAUUUCGGUAAGUUUUAAAGCUCUAACUUCGUGACAAUGUUCUAUCUUUGUAAAGCGCUCUAGGGUAUAAGUUUUAGUAUAUUAUAAUUUGACAUAAGGCAGUCUUUUCAUAUCGUAUUUGUGUGUUUGUAUAAAUUCGUUUGUGUGUAUUGAAUAAUUUCAUAAAUAUAUUUGUAGCAUAUCUGCUACAUUGCCGCGAAGUGGUCACUGAAGCUCAGAUUACAUGAACACUAUAUUUUUAAUAAAAGACACAACAUGUGCUGUAUUUUACUGCAAUUUCCUUUGAAUAUAGUUGCAACAAGUAAAUAUUUUUUUUGUCUUCAGUAUUGGGCCUCUUGGCUGCAGGUUAAACCAGUUGAACAUUCUAUUCUACCCUGUUUUAUAGUGUUUAUGUAUAUAUGCUCAUACUGUGUAUAUACUAUGUAUUAGUAAAACUAUUGUAAGCUUGAUUUUAUCCCUUUUCAUCAUGUUCAUGAGCUUCAGUGCUACAGUGGUCAGAUCCAUAUUAAGUUCUCCCCUCUGAAUAUAGUGGCCUUGUUUCUCGGCUGCGAAUCCUAUGACUUUCUCAUGUGAAAAUAAACAAGCGAACACUCUGCCGGAAGUUGUAGGUUUCAUCCCGGUAAUAGGAUUCGUCAUGUUUCCUCAAACAUGAAAAGUUGACACCGAAGCACUAUUACAAUUCAUGUUACAAAUAUAUAGAGCCAUAGUCUAGUAGGGAGUGAGCUGAAUAUUUAUUCCGCCUUCAAGGAUGUUCAUUGCAACCCAACAAGGACGGCAAUAAAGCGGUACGUAGCACCAUGGACUUCAAGUCUGAUACAAACAAAGGGCAAUGCCGGGCUGCUCUACUGCAGGCAUUGUGAUCAGUUGAGAAUUUGA